AUGGCUCCUCUUACCCCCGCCGAACAGGAGAAUCACCAAGCGCUCCUCGAUCGUCUCGACAUUGCGGCAGUUUCCCGUCCGUUCCGCAAUCCGAAUUGGAAGCCAUCGCAGCGUCGCAACAAGAACGUCAAGCAGCUUAUUUCUGAGAGCUCGAGGAAGGAGGCUUCUGUAAUGGCCACACAGUCUAAUUCCGGCGCAACCACCCCACUCCCAGCUACGUCCGCCAGCACCGACGGCAGCCAAACCCCUGCCGAUGGCACACCUCGAACGAACAUCGCGCAGGCCGCGCAGAACCUCUCGACACUGGUGCUGGAAAAGAACGCCCGAGCUGCAUUUACAUCUGGACCUGCCGUAACCUACACGAAUAUCGAAUCCGCACCCUCAUUGCACCCGUCGCAGCAAACCCGCUACUGCGAUAUAACAGGACUGCCUGCUCCAUACACAGAUCCUAAGACGCGAUUGAGGUAUCACGACAAGGAGGUCUUUGGUGUGAUUAGAACACUUGGUCAGGGAGUGCCGGAGAGCUAUUUGGAGCUCAGAGCUGCCCAUGUGGUUCUCAAAUAA